UCAAGCUAAACCAUUCAACAUAACCCCACUAAUACCUCAUGCAAAAAUUGUGUCAAAACUCAAAAAUAGUGUACCUAUAAAACUAAAAACAAAAAAAGGACAGGAAAAGCAGACUACAAUGGAGGGCCACAAAAAAUUCAUCACAAAAGUUAAAAUUAAAGAAGAGUCCCUUUCUGAAAACGAUUUUUCGCCAAAAACCUCCAAGAAAGCAGCAGCUUGUGGAGAUUUGAACAACUUGAGCAGGGAGGAGCUAAUUUCCCUGCUACUUAGCAAAGAAAAUAGUCAAACAACCCCUAAGAAUAAAAAAAGGAAAAAUUCGGAAUUGAAUAAUGGUGUACCAAGUGCAAAAAAAAUAAAAAUAGAACCAAAUUCCAAUGAAUCAACCGCCAAUAUUAAUAACUUUCCACUUGUUAAUACAGAAACAAAUUCAGUGGAGACAUUAUUACAUAAAAAAUCAAAUUCCUUAUUGAAAAAAGACAAACCUUUGAAAAAGUCUUUGAAAAGCCCCCAGAAACUUUCCACUAACAUAUCAAAGGCCCACAAAGUGUCAAGCAAUCCCCAAAUAAUCACCUCAACACCAUAUAAAGUACAAAUCCAGCCUGAUUUUGAGACUAGUAGUUCCAACAAGAGACAAAAACGAGUUUCAAAAGGAGUAAACAAAAAAAAAAUAGUUUCUCAAGACGCAACUCACCAAAAAACAGCUUCAGAAAGUAGCUCCGAUGAACACAAAGUUACAUCAGGAGUGGGUUCAUCUUUAACAUCAAUAACUAUACAAAAAUCAUUUUCAGAAGAAAGUAGUUGUGAUGAAGAAAUUUCUCCCAAGAAAAAUAUAAUUUCAGUUUCCAAUAAUGGUAGUGUGGAAAAUCAAAUAUCAAGGUAUAAUGUAACUUCCCAGAAAAUUGUAAGUGGCAUUAAGUCUUAUAGUGACAAUUUAAAAGGAAGGGAAAAGUUUAUAACGGCUAGGAAAAGACUUUCUAAAAGUAGCAAUGAAGGGUCUCUUCCCCAACCAAUUAGAAUUAAAAUGGAAAAAGAUGGACAUUUGUUAGAACCCCCGGUUCCAGCACCAAUAAAAAGAGAACCCAGUUCUGAGCCUCGGCAUUCAAUAAAAUCAGAAGAAAGUGAAAAUUCAGAUAAAGAACCCAAAAUGACAUCUAUCCAGAAAAAAUCAUCUACAACCCGAAAACUACAUUCAAGUGGUUCUAGAAGCAGUUCUGAUAAGCUAAAGAUUAAUAAAAAAACGAAAUCAAGUGAGAAAUCUUUUUUGGUUCCUAAACCAAUAAAAAAACCAAAGUCAAGUGAAUCCGGAAGUAGUUCAGAAGACGAACAAAAAAUAACUAACAGAAAAUCGGUUUCUAUUCCAAAACUAAUUAAAAACCGACAGUCAAAGGCAUCCGGAAGCAGUUCAGAAGAAGAAUCGGAACCAAAAGUAGCUAACAGAAAAACAGGUUUAGUUCUAGAACAAAUGAAGAAACUCCAGUCAAGUGAAUCUGGAAGUAGUUCAGAAGAACAAAAAAAAAUUGCUAACCAAAAAUCAGUUUCUAUUACAAAAUUAUUCAAAAAAUCGCAGUCGAAUGAAUUUAUAAGUAGCUCAGAAGAAGAAUCAGAAGUAGGUAACCGAAAAUCUGGUUUCAUACCAAAACCAAUAAACAAACGACAGUCUAGUGAAUCCAGAAGUAGUUCAGAAGAUCAACACAAAAUAGCUAAUAAAAAAUCAGUCUCAGUUCCACAAACAAUAAAAAAACGAAAGUCAAGUGAAUCCGGAAGUAGUUCAGAAGAAGAACCAACAGUAGCUACUAACAAAAAAUCAGAACAACAAAAAAUAGCUAACAAAAAAUCGGUCUCUGUUCGAAAACCAAUUAAAACACAACAGUCAAGUGAAUCCAGAAGUAGUUCAGAAGAAGAACCAGAACUAGCAGCUAACAGAAAAUCAUUGUUGGUUCCAAAACCAAUAAAAACACGGCAGUCAAGUGAAUCUGGAAGUAGUGCAGAAGAACAACAAAAAAUAACUAACAAAAAAUCAGUCUCUGUUCCAAAACCAAUGAAAAAACGACAGUCAAGUGAAUCCAGAAGUAGUUCAGAAGAAGACCCAGAACUAGCAAGUAACAGAAAAUCAUUCAUGGUUCCUAAACCAAUAAAAACACGACAGUCAAGUGAAUCUGAAAGUAGUGCAGAAGAACAACAAAAAAUGACUAUCAAAAAAUCAGUCUCGGUUCUAAAACCAAAGAAAAAACGACAGUCAAGUGAAUCCAGAAGUAGUUCAGAAGAAGACCCAGAACCAGUAGCUAACAAAAAAUCAUUCUUGGUUUCAAAAGUAAUUAAAACACGACAGUCAAGUGAAUCUGAAAGUAGCACAGAACAACAACAAAAAAUAACUAACAAAAAAUCAGUCUCUGUUCCAAAACCAAUGAAAAAACGACAGUCAAGUGAAUCCACAAAGAGUUCAGAAGAAGAACCAGAACUAGCAGCUAACAGAAAAUCAUUGUUGGUUCCAAAACCAAUAGAAACACAGCAGUCAAGUGAAUCUGGAAGUAGUGGAGAAGAACAACAAAAAAUAACUGACAAAAAAUCAGUCUCUGCUCCAAAACCAAUGAAAAAACAACAGUCAAGUGAAUCCACGAGUAGUUCAGAAGAAGAACCAGAACUAGCAGCUAACAGAAAAUCAUUGUUGGUUCCAAAACCAAUAAAAACACAGCAGUCAAGUGAAUCUGGAAGUAGUGAAGAAGAACAACAAAACAUAACUGACAAAAAAUCAGUCUCUGUUCCAAAACCAAUGAAAAAACGACAGUCAAGUGAAUCCACAAAGAGUUCAGAAGAAGAACCAGAACUAGCAGCUAACAGAAAAUCAUUGUUGGUUCCAAAACCAAUAGAAACACAGCAGUCAAGUGAAUCUGGGAGUAGUGGAGAAGAACAACAAAAAAUAACUGACAAAAAAUCAGUCUCUGCUCCAAAACCAAUGAAAAAACAACAGUCAAGUGAAUCCACGAGUAGUUCAGAAGAAGAACCAGAACUAGCAGCUAACAGAAAAUCAUUGUUGGUUCCAAAACCAAUAAAAACACAGCAGUCAAGUGAAUCUGGAAGUAGUGAAGAAGAACAACAAAACAUAACUGACAAAAAAUCAGUCUCUGUUCCAAAACCAAUGAAAAAAGGACAGUCAAGUGAAUCCACGAGUAGUUCAGAUGAAGAACCAGAACUAGCAGCUAACAGAAAAUCAUUGUUGGUUCCAAAACCAAUAAAAACACGGCAGUCAAGUGAAUCUGAAAGUAGUGCAGAAGAACAACGAAAAAUAACUAACAAGAAAUCAGUCUCGGUUCCAAUGCCAAUGAAAAAACGACAGUCAAGCGAAUCCAGUAGUAGUUCAGAAAAAGAACCAGAACCAAAAGUAGGUAACAAAAAAUCAGGUUUGGUUCCAAAACCAAUAAAAACACGACGAUCAAGUGAAUCUGGAAGUAGUGCUGAAGAACAAAAAAUAACUAACAAAAAAUCAGUCUCGGUUCCAAUGCCAAUUAAAAACCGCCAGUUAAGUGAAUCCAGAAGUAGUACAGAAGAAGAAAGAGAACCAAAAGUAGCUACCAAAAAAUCAAGUUUGGUUCUCGAGAAGCAAAAAGUUACAUACAAAAAAAGGCAGUCCAAUAAAUCCGAAUACCAAAAUGUUCCUAAACCAAUUACAUUAAUCAAACAAGAAGAUUCUGAUAUAGGUGCAUUCUCAGAAGUGGACACAAGGGACAUUUCUCUCUCAGAGAAUAGGGACCAAUCUAUAAUUUCAUCAUAUAUUCGAAAAAACCAAAAGAGUUGGACUGAGAUGUUACGGGAAAAAUAUCCAAAAUUUCAAAAGCAAAACCUUAGUUUGAAACUUCCUGAUAACGCGAAGUAUUCCUUGCUCCUCCUACCAAAAAAUAUUGAGCCUCAAUCUUUAAUCAACCUGAAAUUGCACCUGAAUAAACCCACUUUAAAUAUCCUAAACAGAAAAGAGUACAUUUUUGAACCUUUGCCCCAUAAACCCGACCCUGUCCUGGUCAAUUUGCACCAACCCAAACUGGUCAUCCUGGAAAGCAUUAUUUCCCUGCAACAAUUCGUACCAAAAUUGGUUUUACAAAACCUGAAAGUUCCUGAGAGAAAUAACGUAUUGUUUCCAGAAGCCAUCAAAGAGCGGCAUCCCUUGUUCGGGACUGAUUAUCAGGAAAGGAUAAAGCUUGAUAAGAACGUGAAAAAGCGGCUCAAUAAAGUGAUUAUUAAACAGAGAGAAACUGAAGAGAAAACAAAAAAGAGAAAGAAAAAAGGCAUAAUAUCAAAUAAUGUUGAGGUGGGUGUUUUGAGUGCUUUAGAAACAAUUGAUAAUGGUUCGGAAAGGUUCAAUAGUAUUUUAGAAGGGGAUAAACAAAAAAAAAGGAAAAGAAAGUCAGGAGAGGAUGAAAGUUUCAAGAAAGCGGUGAAAAAGAAGAAAUGUUAAACUCUAAUAAAAAAAUAUUUAAUUUUUAAUAAAUUAGGAGGUUUUUUUUUUGUAAAAUAGUCGACACAACGUUUUGGGCGUUUUGGAAGGUGUAUUUUAAAUUUUUGUUGGACUAGAAUAAAUAAGUUCAAUUUGUAACAACAAUUUUGUGGGAGUUGUAGGAUUAAAUAUAUCUUCACCUAAACAUAUUUGCAAAAAAAAAUUAAACAUUCUGUGUCUGGAAUUAUUGAAUUUAUGACACCAAAGAAGAAAUGGGUCAUACCUAUCGACAAUGUUGAAAAUUAUUAUACACAGAAAAAAUAUAUAGGGUGGGCUUUAAAAAAACGGAAUUUUCUUUUUGAACUGUAACUUUUUUUGUUGUUACGCAAUUUCCUUUUGUAUUGGCUUGUUUGAAAGAGAAUUGAACAGGCUAACGAAUCAAAGUGAAACUUGACAUUUGAGAAAAAUUCAAAAUAGCGGACUUCUUCAUAAAUUACCUAACAAAAUAGUAGGUAUGAGAAAUACUUUUGCUGAAAAGGAAAGUUGAGGAAUACAAGCCCUAAAAAACCAGUAUACUGUUGUAAAUCCACAAAUAUUAUUUUCUUAGUAGAGCUGACGAUCAUGAAUACCUUGAUAAAGUAAGAACAAGUAUUAAAGAUUAGAAUUCAGUGGCGUAGCAUAGGCUAUUGUCGCCCGGGGCGGAACCAUAAUUUGCCGCCCCUUUGACGUCAUAAAAAAAAAACGGACUGGGUUCGAACAUUGCAUCUGCGAGCAAAUUUUGAUGGUCGUGACGUGAUCACUUAUCUUUUUUCACAUGUCAAAUCACGUGACAUUCUGUCAUAUUUUGCUCGCAGAUGCAUAGAUGCAAUUACCGAACCCCCAAUACGGUGUGCGCUUCAAACGACAUAUGAGAAAACUUCAAAAAUCAAUAAAACGUAGGUUUAAUAAACAAACAUCACAGAUGCUUGGCAAUUGCCACUAUAUUGAAUCCUGGCAUUUGCGGUUUGAAUCAAGGUUGUUC